AAACAUAAGUGGAAAUUAACAUGUGAGAUUAAAAUUUUUCUUGAAUCGAUAUGUUAUGAUCGAUCAUAUAUCGAUGUUUUUACGAGUAUCGUUAAAUUAAUUCUCAUAGAAUGUUAGAAUGAUUCGGAAAUGAUCGGAUCAUCUUUAAAUGUGAAAUCUUUCAAGUGGUUGUCAUUGUUUCAAGUUUUAACAUCAUCCUUAUUGAUUCUUUUUAUCGUGUAGUAGUGUGUGACGUCUAAACAGUGCGUAUCGUAAACUUGAAAGUUUGGUUAAGAAAAAGUCCUGUAGUAUGCCACAAUUUCAUAGAAUUGAAAUUAAUAGGACGGAAUGGGAGGUACCAGAAAGAUAUCAAAUGCUUACUCCCGUAGGUUCGGGAGCUUAUGGUCAAGUUUGUUCUGCAGUAGAUACAACAACCAAUCAAAAAGUUGCUAUAAAAAAAUUAGCUAGGCCUUUUCAGUCAGCUGUACAUGCAAAGCGUACAUACAGAGAGUUACGUAUGCUAAAACAUAUGAAUCAUGAAAAUGUAAUCGGUCUAUUAGAUGUGUUCCAUCCAUCUUCAUCAUUGGAAGAUUUUCAACAUGUCUACCUAGUCACACAUCUGAUGGGAGCAGAUCUCAAUAACAUUGUUAGAACACAAAAACUUUCAGACGAUCAUGUGCAAUUUCUUGUAUAUCAAAUUCUCCGAGGUUUAAAGUAUAUUCAUUCUGCGGGUAUUAUUCAUAGGGAUUUAAAACCAUCAAAUAUAGCCGUAAACGAAGAUUGCGAAUUAAAAAUCUUGGAUUUUGGUUUGGCCAGACCUACAGAGAAUGAAAUGACAGGAUAUGUUGCUACUCGAUGGUACAGGGCUCCAGAAAUUAUGUUAAACUGGAUGCAUUAUAAUCAAACAGUUGACAUUUGGUCAGUUGGUUGUAUAAUGGCAGAAUUACUUACCGGAAGAACUUUAUUUCCAGGAACAGAUCAUAUUCAUCAACUGAAUUUAAUAAUGGAAAUUCUGGGUACCCCACGCGAUGAGUUUAUGCAAAAAAUAUCAUCGGAAUCGGCCAGAAACUAUAUACAAAGUUUACCGCCCUUGAAGAAAAAAAAUUUUAAAGAUGUAUUUCGUGGGGCUAAUCCUUUAGCAAUAGAUUUGCUUGAAUUAAUGUUGGAAUUAGAUGCUGAAAGGAGAAUAACAGCGGAACAAGCACUAGCUCAUCCAUAUCUUGCACAAUAUGCAGAUCCAACAGAUGAACCAGUAUCAUUACCGUAUGAUCAAAGUUUUGAGGAUAUGGAAUUACCUGUAGAAAAGUGGAAAGAACUUGUUUAUCAUGAAGUGAUCAAUUUUGUACCUCAAACAUUACCUGCGCUAUCCUCGACUAUUGAAGCAGCUACGUAGAAUUUGACUAAUAUAGGGUAACAAUUUUAAGCACAUUGUAAGAUAAUACUAAUAUGGAAGAUUUAAAUUAUAUAUAUAUAUAUAUAUA